AAGAGUCAAUCGACUGCAAGCACAAGCCCACCAACUCCGAGCAAAAGAAAUUGGACCUUUGCUUUGGCUUGUUGGAGACUCAAAGGAGGAUCCAUGAUAUGAAGAACAAAUAGGGGGAAGGCGAGGCUAAGGAGAUUCAACAUCUUGCUGACAUUCAUGAUAUGCAUGGUUUCUUUAGCGCCAUCAAAGCUGCAGUAAUUGAAGCCCUGUACUGUUUACAUGCAGCUCAGAUUUUGACUAUAUGCCAGUUACAACUGAUGCUCGUAUAUCACGAGGUACUGUCAGGCAGAGGUGCUGCUGAGGGAAGAAAAUGAGCCUAAAAUCUGAACGCAGAGGAAUUCACGUUGAUCAGUCAGAGCUACUAUGCAAGAAAGGAUGUGGUUACUAUGGGAACCCGGCCUGGCAGGGCUUCUGCUCCAAGUGUUGGAGAGAGGAAUAUCAUAAGGCCCGGCAGAAACAGAUUCAAGAAGACUGGGAGCUGGCGGAGCGGCUUCAGCGUGAAGAGGAAGAAGCCUUUGCCAGCAGUCAUAGCACACAAGGGGCACAGUCUCUCACCUUUUCCAAGUUUGAGGAAAAGAAAACCAAUGAAAAGACACGUAAGGUGACUACAGUGAAGAAGUUCUUUAGUGCUUCUUCCAGGACAGGAGCCAAGAAGGUGGCUCAAGAGAAAAACCUUAAGCAAGGACAGCUUGGGAGGGAGCGCAAUGCUGAUAACAUUCUCAGGGACUUGAAGGAGAUAUUUACUCCCUCCUGGGAGCUGGCUUCCCCUACUGAAGUGUUGGCUGGCAAACUGAGAGCAGAGAUUCAGGAAGCUAAGGCUCCUAGCCCUUCCAUAAACAGGCAAGCCAGCAUUGAGACAGAUCGAGUGUCCAAAGAGUUUAUAGAGUUUCUCAAGACCUAUAAUAAACCUGGUCAAGAUAUUUACAAGCAGUGCAAAAUGUUUCUGGAAGCAAUGCAUCACAAAAGGGAAUUAAGUAUUGAGGAACAAUCUGAAUGUGCCCAAGACUUCUAUCAAAAUGUAGCAGAGAAAUUACAGACCCGCUGGAAAGUGUCCCCUGAAAGAGUUGAAAAAGCAAUGGAUCAGAUUGAAAAAUACAUCAUGACUCGACUGUAUAAAUAUGUGUUCUGCCCUGAAACAACAGAUGAUGAGAAGAAGGAUCUUGUUGUGCAAAAGAGAAUCAGGGCUUUACAUUGGGUUACUCCUCAGAUGUUAUGCGUUCCUGUCAACGAGGAAAUUCCAGAAGUCUCUGAUAUGGUUGUGAAAGCAAUUACAGAUAUUAUUGAAAUGGAUUCAAAGCGAGUUCCCCGUGAUAAAUUAGCAUGCAUCACCAAAUGCAGCAAACAUAUAUUUAAUGCUAUAAAAAUCACAAAAAAUGAGCCAGCUUCUGCUGAUGACUUCUUACCAACGCUUAUAUACAUCGUUCUGAAGGGAAACCCACCCCGUCUGCAGUCAAACAUCCAGUAUAUAACUCGCUUCUGUAAUCCAAGCAGGUUAAUGACAGGAGAAGAUGGCUACUACUUUACCAAUCUGUGCUGUGCAGUGGCCUUCAUUGAAAAGCUAGAUGCUCAGUCUUUGAAUUUGAGCCAGGAGGAUUUUGAUCGCUACAUGUCUGGCCAGACAUCCCCGAAGAAGCAAGAAUCUGAAAACUGGUCACCUGAUGUAUGCCUUGGUGUUAAGCAAAUGUAUAAGAACUUAGAUCUCCUGUCUCAGUUGAAUGAGAGACAGGAAAGAAUUGUCAGUGAAGCCAAGAAACUUGAGAGAGACCUCAUUGAUUGGACUGAUGGGAUUACCAAGGAAGUUCAAGAUAUUGUUGACAAAUAUCCAUUGGAGAUUAAACCAAAAAAUCAAGCCUUAGCAGCUAUUGACUCUGAAAAUGUAGAGAAUGACAAGCUGCCCCCGCCAUUGCAGCCUCAGGUUUAUGCUGGAUAAUAAAUGAUCAGUAUUCACUCCAGAAGGAAUCCUUUCUGUCCCCUCUGUUACUACAGCUGCUUGAAAAGGGGAAUAAAUUCAAGGCAAAAUAUCAAAUAAGUUUAAAUCAGUACAUUUUUAAAGGUACAGGCUUUUUGUUUUGUGUGUAAUAAACUGUAUUUAUUUUAGUCAUAGUAGGUUUCUAUUAGGCUUUUGUGGUUUUUCAAAUGAAUUUAAAUUUUCUACACAAGCCAGUGUAAUUUUUAAGCAACACUAGUCCGUUGACAACUUUUUUUCCUGAAAGCUUCCUUCUCAGCAUGCACUUACGCAUUUUAAAUUUAAGUUAAACUGAUUAUUUAAAAAAAAAAAAAAAAAGCAGAAAUGGAAAGGUACCCAUGUUAGUAUGAGAAUUAAUUCUAUAGUUGUAAAGAUGAAAGAUAUAUUGUAUAAUAUGUAGAAUUGUAAAUAGGUUUAAAAAGUUUAAUGUUGCAACUUUGCAUGGUAUCUUGUGUAAUUGGUACAAAACAAUAUAUGAACAUGUCUGUUUUUAGCACCUUCUUAGUUGAAUAAUUUCACAGGAAGCGGGCAAGUAACUGUUAAUACAUAUCAGUAGGCUUGAUGGUAAAGAGUAGCUAGAGGGAAAAUCUUUCUGCAAUUAAGAUUUGAAAGCUUAACAGUGUCAGAAGUCGUACAAACUUGACAAUAUUGUAGUAUUCUUAAUCUUCAGAAUCAUUCUUUCUAAAAGCCCUGUGACAUCUAAAUAUUUUUAAGCAUUUUAACCCUGUUUUGUCCAGUAGAUGCAGGCAUUUUUCAAAAGGUUUUGAGGCAAGUUUUAAAAGGGGAGGAAAAUAAUAAAAAAUUGUACAGACUUGAAUCACCGAUAGAGGAAAAUGGCUCAGGAGUUGGGUCAGUGGUAAGACUUCUUUUCCUAGUAGUGUGCCUAUAACUUCUUGCCAUCUUUCGCUGAUGGGUCAUGCUUUGCCUGCCUCUGGACAAUCCAGGUAUGCAUCAUACGUUCAUAUUUUACACGCUGCUUUACUGAGAGCUUCGGCCUUUAACGGCGAGAAAGAGCACAUUAAUUUUUUACAAAAUUGCACUAUUCUGGGCUUCAGCAAGAGUUUUUUUUUUGAGUGAUGAAAGUGAACAAGCUAAGCCUCUGAGCAACAAGUUGGUUAAUACAAUUAAUUACUUUACGAAAGCUUUACAUCAUUGUGUACCCUUCCGUGUGAAGAAUAAUCUAAUGGUUUACUCUUCUGAAAAUGUAACCUUACAGUAUAAUUUUUUAUUCCAAUGAAACAUUUUAUAUAACUUCUAGUUAAUCUAGUCUGCUGUGUCUUGUUUGCCUACCUGUGAUAUUUCAUGUUUUCGGAAGAUACUUUCCUUUGCUUGGGCUGUUGUUAGCCAACAUUAAAUUUUACCAUCAAGGGGAAGAGCUACCUACCUCUUCACGGUAUUCCACUGCUUUAAAAAUGCAGACACUUCAAAAUUUGCACUGCAAUAAUUUCAGACCAAAACUGUGAUUUGUCCUAUUUUUAACUGUCAAAUUGAUGUAUUUAACCUUUUGAACUAUGCAUUCCUAGUGUUUCAGAGGUAAUUAGGAACUCACAAUUCCCUGCAGAGAUGAAGCAGUGAUUUAAUCAGCUGAUCACAGGAAAUUACUUCAAGAGUAGUUAGUGUAUCUUGAUGGCUCUACUCUUAGACUGUUUAAGACUUGAUCAGUGCUUGCAGUACUCAAUGCUGCCAAGUCUCUUUUCUUUACAUACACUAGGUGCUAAUUCUAAUAUCCAGGUACCAUUGUUUCUUUCAUUAAAAAAACAAACAAACCAACGAACUUUUAGCAACUGUAUAAAUUGCUGUGUUAAAUAAAACCAUGUACAUAA